GGAUUUAUUUACUGGUGAUAUAGAUCUUGAGGAUAUAAGAACAGAUCUGCUCCCUCCUCUUCGUAUCCCUGUCUCCUCCCUCCCUGCCCCGCCUCAGGGGGUAAAGGAGGGCGUAUAUAUUGGUACAGGGGUCGGCGGGACACUUCUCAUCAUUGCCCUUCUCCUCGGAAUCCAUUGCCUCAAAAAAAUAAGGAGGAAAGGAGAAGAGAAAAAGAUUUCAAAUAAUUUCCUCGGAGAUAAUGAAAAUCAGAAUUUGAAGCAAAGUUUAGGAACUAGCUUUCAACAGUUUUCUGAAACAAGUUUUAAUAAAAUAUAUACUCUUAUCAAACCUAGGGUGAAGGUCGAGGAGAAUGAGUAUGAGGUUGAAGUGAGGGGAACAGGGAAAACAUGGAUAAACCCACUUGCAAGAGCUGUAAGUGAGGUUGGAAGCCAGGGUUCUAAACUAACUGCUUGUACAGAUGAUAGUCCAAAGUCUGAGGAUGAUGGACCUACCAGCCUAGGUCUAGGGAUACUAGUGGAUGUAGAUCAGUAUAUCCUAGAACGAAACCGAGGACUUCUUCUCAGAUCUAAAUCAACCUCGGAGCUAGCCUCUAACAGACAGGGAGUUAUCCUUGACAGACACACAAUGAGUACAGACAGAAGGCGGAGGAAAGCUAAAUCUCAACUUGAAUUAUCUACCGAACAAGAAGAAGACAUUCCGCCAAUUUUGAAACCAAAAACAACAUCUACCGAAUAUGGGAAAGUUCUCAGAGAGGUGUAUUCUGGAGGAACCUUCAAAAAGUCGAUGAACUAUUUCAGUUUCAGAGAUAAGGAGAAAUAUAGUCAAGAGUCAUUUAUAGAAAAGGAUAGUCUUGAGGUAUCAGGUCUUUCAGGCCUCCCCUCUUCUCUUCUGUCCAAGUCAAGCAGACAAUCCAUUCUUCCCUCAUCUGAUAUAUUUAUCAAUCCCAGGUUGGAGGUGAAUGUAAACAAUGAAUCUCCCCCAUCUCUUUCCUUAAAUACCAGCCCGUCUGAAAAUAAUAAAUCCAUAGGAACUUUAACAUAUGCAGAGAAGAAACAUAGAUAUUAUUUUGGAGAAGAAAGAAAUCUAGCACACUCUUCACAGCCUCCUUUCUCUCCUAAACAUUCUUCCCUCUCCCCAUCUUCCCAUUCACCUCCCAUCUCCCCUAAAUCCCAUCCACCCCCCCUUUCCCCUGUGCACAUUAUCAAGUCCAACCCUUCCCCCUACUCUCCACCCCCCAGGAAGGUGUUCAGAUCUACUGGUAGACAGAACCUUCCCCAUAAUACUCCCCAAUCCAACAUGAAGAGCUUAGACAUGAGUUUGGAGAGUCACUAUGAUGUACCACGGACCUCUGAGACAACAUAUGAUACGCUGAGAGCCGGUCCACCUUUACCUGUUAAACGUCGGUACAAGCAGAGAGUCAAAUUGUAAAUAUGUGACGUCAUAAAAGGGAGUGUAUGUUGCAGACAUUAUUUUAUUUUCAAGUAACUUUCCAAUAAAACAGGGGCCUGCCCGAUCACAACAGUAUCCUUAAAACCUUUAUCUGAUUAAUGAUGAUAAAUUCGUUCUUAAAGCUUAAAGUGUUCGUUUCUGAAUAUUCUGAAUCAGAAAUGGGUCAGAUGGUUUCAUAGUGAAUCCACAAUUGCAAAAUAAACAUUUUGAAAUGAGAACAUGAUGAAUAUCUCUUACAUUCAGCUAAAAUACAGUCUACAGUACCUUGAAAAUUAUUCAUCUUUUCCUUGGAAUGUUUUUAAUAUUUUUCGUGUUAUUGUUAUUUUUGUUUAUUUUUCUGUUAUUGUUUUUUAUAUGUUUUUGUUAUUGUUAGUUUAUCUAAGCUUGAAGUUCUAGUCAGUGCUUGUAAUUAAUAUAAGUAACUAAUGCAAUCUUUUUCAAUAUGAAUUUAUUUAAAAAUAAAAAAAUACAAAAAAUAUGCAACUGAAACAAUAAAUUGUGCAACAUA